AUGCCAAGCUUCCAGGGAAGGCAGAUUUGCCUCUUGGCACUUCCAGUUGGCGACCUGAAAAUUAACGAUGUUUCUGAUGGGCACAUCAUCAGAGAAGUCGGACACGGGGCAGAGGAUGUCCGCAAGGCAGGUAACUUCGCUUGUAAAGCGAAGGAGAUCGUGGUGGAGGGCCCCAUUAAGCAGGAUUGGAUUUUAGCAAGAAUGGAUCUUCAAAAAGCCGUCGAGGAAGUGAUGCAUUUGGACCGCCAGACAGUGAAAAACCUUGCAGAAAAUGCCAAAAAGGGAAUGGAUAGCUUUCACGGGGACCAAAAGCUUCGGGAGGCUGUCAAGCGGCUUGAGGGCCACUUGCGUUCUCGAACUACGAAGAUGCCGCCGUAUCCUCAAGCGGGUGCACUCUACAUCCCUACAGAUGAUGGCGAAUCACCCUUCCAAGAACGUCUUGGUGGCCCUAUGUGUUUUCCGUCUUGGCCUCUGUUUGAGCUGGAAAGUGCCGGUACAAGACAACAGUUGCCUUUGCCUUACCAGAUUCAACGCACGAAAGGCCCAGAUUCCGAAUCGUCAAACCCAGGGAUGCACCAGAAUACAACAAAUUAG